AUGGCCAGGGCGACCGGCGGCGCCACGCCCGGCGGCGGCAGCCUGGGGACUCGCGGAGGAGGCGCAGCCGCCGUCGUUGGGAAGCUCCUCGGAGGAGGGCCAGCUACCAGUGGAGCCCCCCCUCGUCGCCGCCGGCAAGCGGCGCCGGCGCCCGCGCCGAACGCGCCAGCAGCACCGUGGGUGGGACCCAUCCCAGUCAGCCCCACUGGAGGUUGCAAAAGUUCUCGCAUUCCUUUGGACAGCAAGUGCAAGGGCUGCCCUCCCAAAAAGGAUGGCAAGCUUUGUGCCAGCACCACCUGGUACGAGGACACCACCCGCGGCUCCUGUGGUUGUGGUGGCCGUGGCCAUGUGGAACACGACUAUUGGACCUUGACGGAGUACACCGCUGCCAUGAACUGUGCCAACUUGGACACAGAUCCUGCGAAGAGCUGGUGCCCCGUGAACUGCGGACAGUGCUACAAGCUUUGCACCACGGGUGGCGCGACUCAGGGACGGAGCCCCAAGCCAGGCGUUUGCCGUAUCUUCAAGAUCACCAACCGCUGUGGUGACGGCUAUGAUGACCACACACCUGACUGGUGCAGCCAGCAUAUGUCCUGGCAAGACUGUUCCAAGAACCCCAGCAAAUGCAAGCAGCGCGGCAGUACCAACCAGUUUGGCUAUCCUGCGCACUUCGACUUACAGGAUUACCAUCGACAGAUCACGAGCAAUACCACGGGCCUAGAUUGGGACAACGCAGAAGUGACCUUCGAGUUGGUGUCCUGCAGUCAAUGGACGGGACCAAAACAGGUGCAAUGCACUGGCUGCAGCAGGUGA